AUGUUGAGAUCAUUCGUAACAUCUAUUAGGCCAAUUGCAUACAAUGCUACGGCAUGGAUUUCGAUUAGAGCAUUGGCCACAACUGCUGCAACCAGCACAACCAAAAAGUCAUCUACCAAAGCAUCUCCAAAGACCCCCAAGAAGACCCCCAAAAAGUCUGCUAAUGCUCCUAAGGUCGAUACCAAAGUUGUCAGACUUCAGAAUAAGAUCAAUACUGCAAAGUCCAUUAGAAAGAACUUGCAGCAACAAAUCAAAGAGAUUUCCGCUCAACAUAAGACUUUGAGUAAAGAAAGAAAAUUCGAGGAAAAAGCAACACGCAAGAUUCAAAAAUUGUCACCAAAUAAUUUUUAUGCUAUGGCGAAAAAGGUUAGUAUCAAUGUUUCUGUUUCUGAACUUAAUCAAUUAUCUGAGGAAGAAAGGGCAAAAUGGAUAGCUGCUCGUGAUGCUUAUUGGGAAAAGGCUAAAAGCUAUUUCACCCCCAAACCAAAGCUCGGUGCCAAUGGGUUUGCAAAAUAUGUACAAGUAAAUUACGUCAGAGGUGAAUCCAUAACCGAUACUAUGAAGAAGUUGGCCGAUGAAUGGAGAGAAUUAUCUGAAACUGAAAAACAGCAAUACAAAAUCAGUAAAGAAGACAGAGAACAAUACAAGAAGGCUUUUGAAAAAUGGAGAGAACUUAGAGUGAAGGAAUACAAGGAUUAUUUGAAAUUCAAGGAAAAUUACAGAGUGGAGGACUACUUGUAA